AUGGCCCCACUGUUCCUGUCCCUGCUGGCAGCCCUGACCCUGGCUGGGGUCCCUGAGGCCUUAGCUGGUGCUCUGGAAAGGGACAGCUCAGAGGACCGGGCCUUCAGCGUGCGCAUCGCCGGCGCCCCGCCGCUGCAGGGCGUGCUGGGCGGCGCCCUCACCAUUCCCUGCCACGUCCACUACUCGCGGCCGCCGUCUGGCCGCCGGGCGGUGCUGGGCUCCCCGCGGGUCAAGUGGACCUUCCUGUCCGGGGGCCGGGAGGCCGAGGUGCUGGUGGCGCGGGGGCUGCGGGUCAAGGUGAGCGAGGCCUACCGGUUCCGCGUGGCGCUGCCUGCCUACCCGGCGUCCCUCACCGAUGUCUCCCUGGUGCUGAGUGAGCUGAGGCCCAACGACUCAGGAAUCUACCGCUGCGAGGUCCAGCACGGCAUAGACGACAGCAGCGAUGCUGUGGAGGUCAAGGUCAAAGGGGUCGUCUUUCUCUACCGGGAGGGCUCUGCCCGCUAUGCCUUCUCCUUCACUGCGGCCCAGGAGGCCUGUGCCCGCAUCGGAGCCCGCAUCGCCACCCCAGAGCAGCUCUAUGCGGCCUAUCUCGGGGGCUAUGAGCAGUGUGAUGCUGGCUGGCUGUCCGACCAGACUGUGAGGUAUCCCAUCCAGACUCCGCGAGAGGCCUGUUAUGGAGACAUGGAUGGCUUCCCUGGUGUCCGAAACUAUGGCGUGGUGGACCCGAGUGACCGCUAUGAUGUCUACUGCUAUGCUGAAGACCUAAAUGGAGAGCUGUUCCUGGGUGCCCCCCCAGACAAGCUGACCUUGGAGGAGGCACGGGCAUACUGCCAGGAGCGAGGAGCAGAGAUUGCCACCACGGGCCAGCUAUAUGCAGCCUGGGAUGGCGGCUUGGACCGCUGCAGCCCAGGCUGGCUGGCCGAUGGCAGUGUGCGCUACCCCAUCAUCACCCCCAGCCAGCGCUGUGGUGGGGGUCUGCCCGGUGUCAAGACUCUCUUCCUCUUCCCCAACCAGACCGGCUUCCCUAACAAGCACAGCCGCUUCAACGUCUAUUGCUUCAGAGACUCUGCCCAGCCCUCUACCAUCCCUGGGGACUCCAACCCAUCCUCUGACCCAGCUUCUGACGGACUGGAGGCCAUUGUGACAGUGACAGAGACCCUGGAGGAGCUGCAGCUGCCUCAGGAGGCUGUGGAGAGUGAGUCCCGAGGAGCCAUCUACUCCAUUCCCAUCACAGAGGAUGGAGGAGGUGCAAGCUCCACUCCAGAAGACCCAGCAGAGGCCCCCAGGACCCUUCAAGAAUUCGAACCCCAAUCCAUUGUACCUCCCAUGGAGUCAUCAGAAGAGGAAGGCAAGGCAAUGGAGGAAGAAGAGAAAUACAAGGAUGAAAAAGAGAAAGAGGAGGAGGAAGAAGAGGAGGAUGUGGAGGAUGAGGACCUGUGGGCCUGGCCCAGCGAGCUCAGCAGCCCGGACCCAGAAGUCCCUCUCCCCAGUGAGCUGGCCCUAGAGGACUCACUCUCCCAGGCAUCCCAGUCAUCGGCAGUCCUACACCCUGGUGCAUCACCACCUCCCAAUGGAGAGCCAGAGGCUCCCAGGCCACCAAGGGUCCUAGGACCACCCACUGAGACUCUGCCCACUCCCAGGGAGGGGAACCUGGCUUCACCUUUCACUCCCAUUGGGGCAAGAGAGGUGGGGGAAGAGACUGGGGCUCCUGAGCUGUCGGGGGUCCCUCGAGGAGAGAGUGAGGAGACAGGGAGCUCCGAGGAUGCUCCUGCUCUGCUCCCAGCCACGCAGGCCCCUGGGGGUACCAGGGAGCUGGAGGCCCCCUCCAAAGAGAAUUCUGGAAGAAUUGUCCCAGCAGGGACCUCAGUGCAGGCCCAGCCAGUUCUGCCCACUGACAGCACCAGCCAUGGUGGAGUGGCCGUGGCCCCCUCAGCAGGUAACUGUGUCCCCAGCCCUUGCCACAAUGGUGGGACAUGCUUGGAGGAGGAGGAGGGGGUCCGAUGCCUAUGUUUGCCUGGCUAUGGGGGGGACCUGUGCGAUGUUGGCCUCCGUUUCUGCAGCCCCGGCUGGGACGCCUUCCAGGGCGCCUGCUACAAGCACUUUUCUACACGGAGGAGCUGGGAGGAGGCAGAGACCCACUGCCGGAUGUACGGCGCGCACCUGGCCAGCAUCAGCACGCCCGAGGAGCAGCACUUCGUCAACAAUCGAUACCGGGAGUACCAGUGGAUUGGGCUCAAUGACAGGACUAUCGAAGGCGAUUUCCUGUGGUCAGAUGGCGUCCCCCUGCUCUAUGAGAACUGGAACCCUGGGCAGCCGGACAGCUACUUCCUGUCUGGAGAGAACUGCGUGGUCAUGGUGUGGCAUAACCAGGGACAAUGGAGCGACGUGCCUUGCAACUACCACCUGUCCUACACCUGCAAGAUGGGGCUGGUGUCCUGUGGGUCCCCACCAGAGCUGCCCCUGGCUCAGCUGUUUGGCCGCCCGAGGCUGCGCUAUGAGGUGGACACGGUGCUUCGUUACCGGUGCCUGGAGGGGCUGGCCCAGCGCAACCAGCCACUGAUCCGCUGCCAAGAGAAUGGUCGCUGGGAGCCCCCCCAGAUCUCCUGUGUGCCCCGCAGGCCUUCUCGAGCUCUGCGCCCCAUGAAGGCCCUAGAAGGACGUCAGCAGAGGCUACUGGGGCGCUGGACCCCUCCUUCCAGUCCUGUUCCAGCUCCCUAA